AUGGAGCUGCAGGAAGACAAGCGUGCCGCGGAUGAGGAGAGCCAGCCUCACUUCCUGAUCGUGACGUACCCGGCGCAGGGGCACAUCACCCCGGCGCGUCACCUCGCGCGCCGUCUCGUGCGCGCGGCUGCCGGCGCCGGCGGUGCGCGCGUCACCAUAUGCACCCCUGUCUCGGCCUUUCGGAAGAUGUUCGCUGACGCAACAAGCGCGGUGGGCGGCGACGAGAUAAGGGAAGAGGGCGGGGUCGCAUACGCCGCUUACUCCGACGGCUACGACGGUGGGUUCGACCGCACCGCGGGCGACUACGCGCACUACAUGUCGCAGGUGAGGCUGGAGGGAGCGCGCACGCUGUCCGGGCUGCUCCGGCGCCUCGGCGAUCGCGGGCACCCCGUCACCUGCGCAGUGUACACGCUGCUCAUGCCGUGGGUGGCCGGCGUUGCGCGGGCGUACGGCGUGGCGGUCGUCGCGGUGUUCUGGAUCCAGCCGGUCACCGCGCUCGCCGCGUACUACCACUACUUUCGAGGGAGCCGGGAGGCCGUCAUGGUAGCCGCCGCGUCGCGUGACCCGAAUGCCGAGGUGUGUAUCCCGGGCCUCCCGCCGCUCCGGUUCCGGGACCUGCCGUCCUUCCUCGCCGUCACCUCGGACGACGACCCCUUUGCCUGCCUGAUCCCGGAGUUCCGCGAGCUCAUCGACGCGCUCGACGGCGACUCCGAGAAGCCCCCGACGUACGUCGUCGCCAACACGUUCGACGCCAUGGAGCCUGACGCGCUGGCUUCGCUGAGGCCUCACGUCGAAGUGGUAACCGUCGGUCCCGUGCUCUCGUUCCUGCACGACGGCCACGACGGCAACAGUCCAAACGACCUGUUCGACCACGACGGCGAAGGCUACCUCCACUGGCUGGAUACGAAGCCGGCCAAGUCGGUGGUGUACAUCUCCUUCGGGAGCACGUCGGUGAUGAGCAAGACGCAGGUCGCCGAGAUAGCGGAGGCCAUGAGCCAGUCCAACAGGCCGUUCCUGUGGGUGCUACGGAAAGACAACUGCAGGGACAAGGACGAAGGCGACGCGAUCAAGGGACUCCUCGCAACGGCGUCGGCGGCCACGUACGACGACGACGCCGGCGGCGGCAUGGUGGUGGAGUGGUGCGACCAGGCGCGUGUGCUCUCGCAUCCGUCCGUGGGGUGCUUCGUGACGCACUGCGGGUGGAACUCGACGCUGGAGAGCGUGGCCUGCGGCGUGCCCAUAGUUGCGGCGCCGCAGUACUCGGACCAGGGGACGAACGCGUGGCUCGUGGAGCGGGCGCUGGGCGUGGGUGUCCGCGCCGCGGCGCGCGCGGAGGACGGCGUCCUGGAGACCGGGGAGCUGAGGAGGUGCGUGGAGAUCGCUACGUCGGAGGCGGUGACGUCGCGCGCCGCGUCGUGGAAGGAGGAGGCGAGGGUGGCCGUGGCCGACGGCGGCGGCUCGGACCGGAGCCUGAUGGAGUUCGUGCGGCGGAUUGCACGCGGUAGUACCUGA